ACUUCAACAAUAACAGCUAGUCCGACACCUCAGUAGCUAGCGAGCUAAAAUAGCCGACCAAUUCAAACUGUUUAUGCUGUUUCGGUUGAUAUUAGUCACUGUGUUUUACAACCCACUUCGUUCGUAUCUACUAGUUGCCCCAUUUAAUUUAAUAUUAACGUUGUUGGUAGUCAGCUGUCUCGUUAAUUUAGCACUAGCCGCUAAUUAUAGCUAGCUAGCUAACAUCCUGACCAUGGACUCGCUAAACUACUCACUCGCUGUUAAAGAAGAGGAGGUCUGCUGGACGGAGAAAGAGGCUCUGGGGCUGAACAUUGUCGUGAAAGAGGAGAAGGAAGAGGAGGAUGUCACAGUAAAAAUAGAAGUAGAGAGGGAGGAGGAGGGAGAGAUAACUGUCAUAUUGAAAGAGGAGGAAGAGGAGGAGGAAGAAGAGGAGGAGACAGGAGAGAGACUUGACUAUCGUGGAUCUUCUGGGGAGCCUCUACAACAUCAUGAUGCUGACGAGGCAGAGAAGAGUCUCUCCAGAUCAGAACACCUCAAGAAACACCAGCGGAGACCCACAGGGAAGAAACCUCACUGCUGCUCUGAGUGUGGGAAGAGUUACUCAAGAUCUGAUUCACUAAAAGUACACCAGAGAAUUCACACAGGAGAGAAAUCUUAUAACUGUGAUCAAUGUGGGAAGAGAUGCUCUUCUUCAUCAGAACUUACAAUACACCAGAGAAUCCAUACAGGAGAGAAACCUUAUAGCUGCUCUCAGUGUGGAAUGAGUUUUUCUCGAUCAUACUCAUUGAAAUCACACCUAAGAAUUCACACAGGAGAGAAACCAUAUGGCUGUGAUCAAUGUGGGAAAAGUUUUGCUACCUCAGCUAACCUGACUGCACACAAGAGAAUACACACAGGAGAGAAGCCUUACCACUGCUCUGACUGCGGAAUGAGCUUUAUCACCUCAAGGGAACUACUCCUACACCAGAGAACACACACAGGAGAGCAGCCUUAUAGCUGUGAUCAAUGUGGGAAGAGUUUUACUCAGUCAAACAACCUGAUAUCACACCAGAGAACACACACAGGACAGAAGCCUUAUAGCUGUGAUCAGUGUGGGAAAAGCUUUACUCAGUCAGGUCACCUGAAAUCACACCAGAGAACACACACAGGAGAGAAGCCUUAUAGCUGUGAUCAGUGUGGGAAGAGAUACUCUGAUUUAAGGGAUCUGAAUAAACAUAAUAACAUACAUGCAGGAGAUCCAGAUUGUGGAAUGACCUCAGAUACCAGACCUGGGUAGUAGAACACAGAUUGUGGAAUGACCUCCAACACCAGACCUGGGUAGUAGAACACUGCAUCAUUUUUAUAUAGUACUUGCGCAGAGCGUUCUAUGUUGGACAUUUCGGGAAAAAAGUGUGUUUGUGUUGGAGGGGUUGUUAUUCACACUCAUUAUCUUUCGUGAUUGAAGUCAACUUUAUUAUAAUCUUUAGUUUUUCCUCACCACAUGGAAUGAAUGUCAGAAUCCUCUCAAAUUACACUCCCUAGUGUCUUUCGGUCACUUCAGGGAUUUGGUGAGAUACCUGGUCACAGAGGAAUGGACGUGUUUCGCAGAACCUCUGAUGACAAAUAUGACUCUCUUGAUGAGUUGGUGAAUUCUGAUAUUCUGGUUGAUUGUGGCUAGUUUCCUGUCUGUUUCUUUAUAUUUAUCAUGCCCCCCUUCAGUUAAUUUAACCUAGUUUAUGAUCAAAUGAUUGAAGCUACAUGACCGACCCAUUACAUUACAUCCCAUCCAUUACAUCCCAUCCAUCCUCCCCGGACUAAGAUAUUUUACCAGACGUUAUAGUAUGCCUGCCAACUGGUCCUGGUCGGGGGACGCUACAUGUUGGUGGUAUGUCCUGGUCGGAGGACGCUACGUGUUGGUGGUAUGCCCUGGUCGGAGGACGCUACAUGUUGGUGGUAUGCCCUGGUCGGAGGACGCUACAUGUUGGUGGUAUGCCCUGGUCGGAGGACGCUACAUGUUGAUGGUAUGCCCUGGUCAGAGGAUACAGUUCAAAAAUAAAUAGUUAAUAAACAGUUGAUACAGUGCCUUUGGAAAGUAUUCAGACCCCUUGAAUUUUUCCACAUUUUGAUACUUACAGCCUUAUUCUAAAAUGGAUUAAAUGAUGUUGCUUUAGUCAAAUCCUUCUACUCAGCACACAUAGUGGACUGGUGUGUGUGUGUGUGUGUGUGCUUGUAAUUGGUGUGUAAACUUUAAAUGUUUCAAAUUAUCACUUUGAAUUUGCAUUAAUCAAUGUAUGUUUCCCUCUAUGUACGUUUCAUAUAAUGUUAUAUGAUAUUAAUUAAAUAAAAACAAUGGUUGAAAGUGAAACUUUUUUCCCUGAACUGCGUUACCCACUCCAGUCAGCAGAUGGCGAUGUGCGUUUUUCAGGCGAUGCUACCAGAGUGUGACGUAUGAUCUAGUGGACGGGACGCUUCUUCAACAGUAAUAGCUAAUCGGACACCUCAGUAGAACCGAGGUAAAGACAGUUUCAGGCCGGAUAUUCGCCUGUAGUUUUCCUUACCUCCACCAACAGCAGUUAGGGACCGUCAACAUAGUGACAAAUAAAAUUGUUCAAAUUUCAAUAGCUCUUUAACCAUUACUCCAAACACUUUCAAAACUGGUUGUAGCAUAGACACACAUUGCACACCCACAUUGUUAGUCCAUUUUUAUCUCACAUGGUUUUACAUUAAUUUUUCAAAAUGUAGAAUUUCUAUAGCUCCUUGGUCAUGUGACCUACUGACUUCAAACAAGGUUCAGAAUGUCCACUGACUAUACAUUCAUAUCGCACACUCUGAUUAAUCUCAUGCUAUUAUACUUAAAUCUGUAAGCUUUGCAGGCCUUCAUUUUACAUGGGUGUUAAAUUAUUAUUUUUUAAGCAAACAAAUGUUCCAUACUCGCAAUAACUAUCUUUCACAUGGACGCUGAAAAGAUCCGCAAAUGGCUGUAUGUGGUAUGGAUCAAGGACAGGAGAAGUGUUCAAAUAGAGGUGCUUAAAAGGAAGGUGCACAGGUAGUCCUUAUGAAAAACAAUCUUUCAUAUGCUCUUUUUAAUCACAGUAAUAGGCAGUGAUUUGUCAGUCACAGUGAGCUUGAUAACGUGAUAAAAUCCAUUUCAUAGCAUCACUUUCAUAUACUGUACACGGAUAGGGGGCAGCAUUUUCACUUUUGCAUGAAAUGCGUGCCCAGAGUAAACUGCCUGCUACUCUGUCCCAGAUGCUAAUAUAUGCAUAUUAUUAGUAGUAUUGGAUAGAAAACACUCUGAAGUUUCUAAAACUGUUUGAAUGAUGUCUGUGAGUAUAACAGAACUCAGAACUCAUAUGGAGAAAAAUCCAACCAGAAAGUGGGAAAUCUGAGGUUUGUAGUUUUUCAAAGCUUGGCCUACCAAAUACACAGUGUCUAUGGGGUCAAGUUGCACUUCCUAAGGCUUCCACUAGAUGUCAACCAUCUUUAGAAACUUGUUUCUAAAUUAACAAGAAGUUUAUCUUUCAUUUGAUUUAUUGGACUUGUUAAUGUGUGAAAGUUACAUAUUUAAAAAAAUUAUUUUGGAAUUUCGCGCGCUGCCUUUUCAGUGGAAUGUUGUCGAGGGGUUCCGCUAGUGGAACGCCUGCGCUAGAAAGGUUAAGACAAAUCCUUCUACGUUGAGUAUUAGAACGCAGUUUACCUAACCUGAUAAUGACUUGAUAUUUGAGUGCAUUCACAACACGCCACCUGCAGACAACUUACAAAAUGCAAUAUUGCAUUUGAGGGUUCGUUUUUCUGAUGUAAAUAGUUAUUUGAUGCAUGGCCUACUAUUUCUAACUGGGAAAAUAAAUUCCCACGUCUUUUGUGAGUAAAAUCAUUUUUGUGAAGAGGUAUGAGGGUUGUGAUAUGGCUCAUUUAAUAGUCAAAUCAUUUAAGGGAUCAAUACAUUUCUAUAUUGCUUCCCCAGUAUCUGCAUGAACCAUCAGGCCCAGUGUUUUUGGUUGACCCUGCUGGACAGAAAGAGAAGGAGGAAUCGGAACACGCUGCAUUCAAAUUCAGAUCUUAGUUAUUCCAUUGUACUGGAUCUAAUACAUAUUAGCAUUUUGCAUACAUUCAUAACUGUAAUACUUUUUUAUGACAUACUGUGAAAAACUCUCUUGGCUGCUGGCUCUGUCACUUUCAGACAUGCGCAGAGCAGACUUGAACCACAGGGGUUCUCUGUAAAGAGAGAGUAAUCCAAAAGGCACAGACACACCCCUUGACUCUCAUUUGGCACCGUUGACCUUUAUGUAUUCUCUCCUGCUUGGCUCUGUGGUGCACAGUCUGGCAGUCUGACUAAAGUGCCAGAGGUAUGAGGAGAGACAUCCUCCUUUGUAUUUACUUUGGAUCCUAUUCUUCGACAGUUAGAAGACACAAUGCAUCAAUGCAACAACAAAAAAUAUUACUAAUUACUGUCCAUGAGUAACCUCAACCUUGUGGGUCUAUGGGUGUUUGGGCCAAUAAACUACCAACUCAAUUCUACCACUGACUAGUCUCUCAUGCCCCUAUGAACGGGGACACGGGGCAAUAGUUUUUAAUCUAAACCAGACCUUUUUUACUGGAGUACACUAACUCCUAAUUGGGGCAAUUUUCUUGACACACAAUAGCAGUUUACCAGUUAACAAGUCAAGAAGAACAAAAAGUAGAUUGUUGUAAGGGUGUAUUACAUCCUGUGCUGGCCCCAUUGUCAUAUCCAUUCUGGAUUCUGAGUGGUAAAAUCAUAUCUGAAAAGUGCCUUUAUGUAUGUGUUUCCAUCCCUAACUAUAACAUUUUCCGCCAAGACAGAACUGCCAAAGGGGGUGGAGUUGCAAUCUACUGCAGAGACAGCCUGCAGAGUUCUGUCUUGCUAUCCAGGUCUGUGCCCAAACAGUUCGAGCUUCUACUUUUAAAAAUCCACCUUUCCAGAAAGGUCUGUUGCCGCUUGUUACAGACCCCCCCUGAGCCCCCAGCUGCGCCCUGGACACCAUAUGUGAAUGAAUUGUCCCCCAUUUAUCUUCAGAGUUUGUAAUGUUAGGUGACCUAAACUGGGAUAUGCUUAACACCCCGGCCGUCCUACAAUCUAAGCUAGAUGCCCUCAAUCUCACCCAAAUUAUCAUGGAACCUACCAGGUACAAGCCCAAAUCCGUAAACUCGGGCACCCUCAUAGAUAUCAUCCUGACCAACCUGUCCUCGAAAUACACCUCUGCUGUCUUCAACCAGGAUCUCAGCGAUCACUGCCUCAUUGCCUGCGUCAAUAAUGAGUCCGCGGUCAAACGACCACCCCUCAUCACAGUCAAACGCUCUCUAAAACACUUCAGCGAGCAGGCCUUUCUAAUCGACCUGACCCGGGUAUCCUGGAAAGAUAUUGACCUCAUUCCGUCAGUAGAGGAUGCCUGGUUAUUCUUUAAAAAUGUUUUCCUCACCAUCUUAAAUAAGCAUGCUCCAUUCAAAAAAUGUAGAACCAGGAACAGAUAUAGCCCCUGGUUCACUCCAGACCUGACUGCCCUUGACCAGCACAAAAACAUCCUUUUGCGCACUGCAUUAGCAUCGAAUAGCCCCCGCGAUAUGCAACUUUUCAGGGAAGUUAGGAACCAAUAUACACAGGCAGUUAGGAAAGCAAAGGCUAGCUUUUUCAAACAGAAAUGUAGAUCCUGUAGGACAAACUCCAAAAAGUUCUGGGACACUGUAAAGUCCAUGGAGAAUAAGAGCACCUCCUCCCAGCUGCCCACUGCACUGAGGCUAGGAAACACUGUCACCACCGUUAAAUCUACAAUUAUCGAAAAUUUCAAUACGCAUUUUUCUAAGGCUGGGCUUGCUUUCCACCUGGCUACCCCUACCCCGGUCAACAGCUCUACACCCCCCGCAGGAACUUGCCCAAGUCCCCCUCCCACUGCUUCCCCUUCACCCAAUUCCAGAUAGCUGAUGUUCUGAAAGAGCUGCAAAAUCUGGACCCCUACAAAUCAGCUGUGCUAGACAAUCAGGACCCUCUCUUUCUAAAAUGAUCCGCUGCAAUUGUUGCAACCCCUAUUACUAGCCUAUUCAACCUCUCUUUCGUAUCGACUGAGAACCCCAAAGAUUGGAAAGCUGUUGCGGUCAUCCCCCUCUUCAAAGGGGGAGACACUCUAGACCCAAACUGUUACAGACCUAUAUCCAUCCUGCCCUGCCUUUCUAAAGUCUUCGUAGGCCAAGUGAACAAACCGAUCACCGACCAUUUCGAAUCCCACCGUACCUUCUCCACUAUGCAAUCUGGUUUCCGAGCUGGUCACGGGUGCACCUCAGCCACGCUCAAGGUCCUAAAUGAUAUCAUAACCGUCAUCGACCUGGCCAAGGCUUUCGACUCCGUCAAUCACUGCAUUCUUAUCGGCAGACUCAACAGCCUUGGUUUCUCUAAUGACUGCCUUGCCUGGUUCACCAACUACUUCUCAGACAGAGUUCAGUGUGUCAAAUCAGAGGACCUGUUAUCCGAAACUCUGGCAGUCUCUAUGGGGGUGCCUCAGGGUUCAAUUCUCGAGCCGACGCUUUUCUCUGCAUACAUCAAUGAUGUCGCUCUUGCUGCUGGUGAUUCUCUGAUCCACCUCUACGCAGACGACACCAUUCUGUAUACAUCUGGCCCUUCUUUGGAAACUGUUAACAAACCUCCAAACGAGCUUCAAUGCCAUACAACACUCCUUCUGUGGCCUCCAACUGCUCUUAAAUGCUAGUAAAACUAAAUGCAUGCUCUUCAACCGAUCGCUGCCCUCACCCUUCCGCCCGACUAGCAUCACUACUCUGGACGGUUCUGACUUAGAAUAUGUGGACAACUACAAAUACCUAGGUGUCUGGUUAGACUGCAAACUCUCCUUCCAGACUCACAUUAAGCAUCUCCAAUUCAAAAUUAAAUCUGGAAUUGGCUUCCUAUUUCGCAACAAAGCAUCCUUCACACAUGCUGCCAAACAUACCCUUGUAAAACUGACUAUCCUACCGAUCCUUGACUUCGGCGAUGUCAUUUACAAAAUAGCCUCCAACACUCUACUCAGAAAAUUGGAUGUAGUCUAUCACAGUGCCAUCUGUUUCUGUCAUUAAAGCCCCAUAUACUACCCACCGCUGCGACCUGUAUGCUGUCGUUGGCUGGCCCUCGCUACAUAUCUGUCGACAAACCCACUGGCUCCAGGUCAUCUAUAAGUCUUUGCUAGGUAAAGCCCCGCCUUAUCGCAGCUCACUGGUCACCAUUGCAACACCCACCCGUAGCACGCGCUCCAGCAGGUAUAUUUCUCUGGUCAUCCCCAAAGCCAACACCUGCUUUGGCCGCCUUUCCUUCCAGUUCUCUUCUGCCAAUGACUGGAACGAAUUGCAAAAAUCACUGAAGCAGGAGACUUAUCUCCCUCACUAACUAUAAGCAUCAAUUGUCAGAGCAGCUUACAGAUCACUGCACCUAUACACAGCCCAUCUGUACAUAGCCCACCCAACUACCUCAUCCCCAUAUUAUUAUUUGCUCUUUUGCACUCCAGUAUCUCUACUUGCCCAUCAUCAUCUGCACAUCUAUCACCCCAGUGUUAAUACUAAAUUGUAAUUGUUUUACCACUAGGGCCUAUUUAUUGCCUUUCUACAUUGACUGUACGUUUGUUUAUCCCAUGUGUAACUCUGUGUUGUUAUUGUCGCAAUGCUUUGCACAAGAAAAUGUUCCACUGCUCCCUGUGUGGAAAGAGUUUUACAAAGUUAGGGGGCUCUUUAUUUGUUACUUUUAUUUCUUAUUUGUAUUUUUUUAAUACAUUUUUUAAAUCUGCAUUGUUGGUUAGGGCUUGUAAGUAAACAUUUCACUGUAAGGUCUACACCUGUUGUAUUUGGUGACAAAUAAGAUUUGAUUUGAUAGUCUAUUAAGUUGUUAUAUAGAUAUAGAUAUAGAUUCCAGCCUUGAAAGUUCUUGAAUUGGAUUUGAUAUAUGAUUUGGAUAUUGCUAAAUAAAUUUGAUUGGAUACAGUUGCAGAUAAACAUAUUGGCACCGUUGCACUUUUCUUAAAUAAUGACCUAUUUCUUCUAAAAUAAGUUGAAAUUGAUAGUCUCCACACCUUAUAGGAUUUUCAACAUUGCAGAACCAAUACAUUUUUUGUUAACUUAAGUUUACAUUCGGCUAAUUCAGCCACACCUAUUGCUGACAGGUGUAUAAAAUCGAGCACACAGCCAUGCAAUCUCAGCAGACAAAAUUGGCAGUAGAAUGGUCUUACUGAAGAGCUCAGUGACUUUCAACGUGGCACCAUCAUAGGAUGCCACCUUUCCAACAAGUAAGUUUGUCUAAUUUCUGCCCUGCUUGAGCUGCCCCGGCCAACUGUAAGUGCUGUUAUCGUGAAGUGGAAACGUCUAGGAGCAACAAUGGCUCAGCCGUGAAGUGGUAGGCCACACAAGCUUAAAGAACGGGACCGCUGAGUGCUGAAGAUUGUAGCAUGUAAAAAUCGUCUGUCCUCGGUUGCAGCACUCACUACCGAGUUCCAAACUGCCUCUGGAAGCAACGUCAGCACAAUAAUUGUUUGUCGGGAGCUUCUUAACUAUCUUCACAUUACGCACACACACACACACACACCAGCCUAGCCUGAAAAUAUUUUUGAUAUCUCGGAUUGUUCUGACAAAUAUUUCCGGGCUCCGCUGGCAUGGAAUCCAUCCAUGCUUUCCUCCUGGUUGUUAUAACAACAAUUCAACAUCAAACACAGUAAAUACACAACUUGAUGCAACCACAUGAAAAGGUUGAGAACAUAUUUUCAUUGGCCAGUAAAUGGUCAAGCCCUCGUCACAGCUACAACUUAUUUAUUCCUGCUGUAAA